AUGCUUUAUGAUAACAAGAUUAUGGAAGUUGGUGUGUAUAAUUCAUCAACAUCCUUUAAUGACAUGUAUGACAUGUUGAGAAACAGCAAUUAUAAAAACAUGCAUCGAAGGCACACAACCCUUCGGGAGAAGGGCCGCAGGCAGGCCAUCCGGGGCCCAGCCUACAUGUUCAAUGAGAAGGGCACCAGUCUGACUGCAGAGGAGGAACGCUUUCUUGAUUCUGCAGAAUAUGGCAACAUUCCAGUCGUGCGAAAAAUGCUGGAGGAGUCCAAAACCUUGAACUUUAAUUGCGUUGAUUACAUGGGACAGAAUGCCCUACAGUUAGCUGUAGGGAAUGAGCAUUUGGAAGUGACGGAGCUCCUCCUCAAAAAGGAGAAUCUAGCUCGAGUUGGGGAUGCGCUGUUGUUAGCCAUCAGCAAAGGAUACGUGCGCAUAGUGGAAGCAAUAUUGAACCAUCCCGCCUUUGCACAAGGGCAGCGUCUCACACUCAGUCCCCUUGAGCAGGAACUGAGAGAUGACGAUUUUUACGCCUACGAUGAAGAUGGAACUAGGUUUUCCCAUGACAUUACCCCUAUCAUACUUGCAGCCCACUGCCAGGAGUACGAAAUUGUUCACAUCUUACUUCUAAAAGGUGCACGGAUUGAAAGGCCACAUGACUAUUUUUGCAAGUGCAAUGAAUGUAUUGAGAAGCAGAGGAAAGACUCCUUUAGUCACUCUCGAUCGAGAAUGAAUGCCUACAAAGGAUUAGCCAGUGCUGCUUACUUGUCUCUUUCCAGCGAAGACCCCGUCCUUACUGCUUUAGAAUUAAGCAAUGAAUUGGCCAGACUAGCCAACAUUGAAACUGAAUUUAAGAACGACUACAGGAAGCUAUCUAUGCAAUGCAAGGACUUUGUAGUGGGGGUUCUGGACCUGUGCAGAGACACUGAAGAAGUAGAAGCAAUUCUGAAUGGAGAUGUGAACAUACAUCUAUGCCCUGAGCAUCACCGGCCAAGUCUGAGCAGAAUUAAACUGGCGAUUAAGUAUGAGGUCAAAAAGUUUGUUGCUCACCCUAACUGCCAGCAGCAGCUGCUCACCAUGUGGUAUGAAAACCUCUCAGGCUUACGACAGCAAUCCAUAGCUGUGAAAUUCCUGGCUGUCUUUGGGGUUUCUAUAGGCCUGCCCUUCCUUGCCAUAGCCUACUGGAUUGCUCCCUGCAGCAAGUUGGGACGGACCCUCCGAAGUCCUUUCAUGAAGUUUGUGGCACACGCUGUUUCUUUCACAAUCUUCCUUGGACUGUUAGUAGUGAACGCUUCGGAUCGGUUUGAAGGAGUAAAAAAUCUUCCCAACGAAACCAUCACAGAUCAUCCCAAACAAAUAUUUAGAGUCAAAACAACUCAGUUCUCGUGGACAGAAUUGCUGAUCAUGAAGUGGGUAUUGGGCAUGAUAUGGUCAGAGUGUAAGGAGAUCUGGGAAGAGGGCCCACGAGAGUACGUGGUACAUCUCUGGAACCUUCUGGACUUUGGGAUGCUGUCCAUCUUUGUGGCGUCGUUCACUGCCAGGUUCAUGGCUUUCCUCAAAGCGACCGAAGCACAACAGUACGUCGAUCAGUACGUUCAAGAUGAUGACCUCAGUAACGUCACCCUUCCCCCUGAAGUUGCUUACUUUACUUACGCCAGGAACAAGUGGCUUCCCUCGGAUCCUCAGAUCAUUUCAGAAGGACUGUAUGCAAUAGCUGUGGUACUCAGCUUCUCCCGCAUUGCUUACAUUCUUCCAGCCAACGAAAGCUUUGGGCCCCUGCAGAUCUCUUUGGGAAGGACUGUGAAGGAUAUCUUCAAGUUCAUGGUCAUCUUCAUCAUGGUGUUCCUGGCCUUCAUGAUUGGAAUGUUCAACCUUUACUCUUACUACCUUGGUGCAAAAUACAACCCUGCAUUCACAACGGUAGAAGAAAGUUUUAAAACCUUAUUCUGGUCAAUAUUUGGCUUAUCUGAAGUGAUAUCCGUGGUGCUGAAGUACGAUCAUAAAUUCAUUGAGAAUAUUGGAUAUGUACUCUAUGGAGUAUACAACGUGACCAUGGUGGUGGUGCUGCUUAAUAUGCUAAUAGCCAUGAUAAACAACUCUUAUCAGGAAAUUGAGGAGGAUGCAGAUGUGGAGUGGAAGUUUGCACGUGCCAAGCUCUGGCUGUCCUACUUUGAUGAAGGAAGGACUUUACCUGCUCCCUUUAAUCUAGUGCCAAGCCCUAAAUCAUUUUAUUAUCUCAUACUGAGAAUAAAAAUGUGCCUCAUAAAACUCUGCAAAUCUAAGGCCAAAAACUGUGAAAAUGAUCUUGAGAUGGGAAUGCUGAACUCCAAACAACGGAAAGUUCGUUUUCAGUCUGGCAGUCUGCAUUCAGAAAACUUUUCAGUGAAGAAUGCUUAUAACAAGCCCACAAGAUACCAGGUGUCAACCCUACCUCCCUCUGGAUUCUACUACCUUGGCCAUCUUCAACACACCAAAAUAAUGAAACGCCUGAUUAAGCGCUACGUGCUGAAGGCUCAGGUGGACCGAGAAAAUGAUGAAGUCAAUGAAGGAGAACUUAAAGAGAUUAAGCAAGAUAUUUCUAGUCUCCGAUAUGAACUCCUGGAGGAGAAGUCCCAGGCUACUGGUGAGCUGGCAAGACUUAUACAGCAACUGAGUGACAAAUUCGGGAAGAACUUAAAUAAGGACAUUUGACCGUGAGCACAGAGGAAAGCAACUGGUUUUCUAAACAUUAUUCAGUCUCAACCAGCAUCUUAAGAGGACAAAAACAGCGCAAAAAAUGGGGACCAGGCACUCAUCUUCUACGAAUUGGCAGUGUCAGUUGGAGCACUUUGCAUUACUCCUGUGUUUGGUGAAUUUCCAGUUAAAUCUUUUAUGACACAAAAUAACUUACUGGUAAAAGCAUACCCCCUUCAAUAUCAGAAACAAAUGAACUGUAGGGAACGCACCUUUUAAAGGCAAAAAAGCCAGAUCUUCAUCCACCUGUCUGCAGUGAACUGUGCUCAUUUACCUUAACUCUGUUGACCAGGAGUUGGUGAAGGCUGAAGGAAAAACAUGCCAAGCAUAUUCCUUGAGAAUUUAAAAGAAUCCUGUCCUUGGGUGUGUACUCUCCUUUUAUGUUUACAUGGGCAUCCACAGAGGUAACUUUGAACAGCAUGGUGGUUAAUGAAAAGCAUAUGAGAAAUUGUCUGCUGAAAGGC